CGAAGAAGAAAACACUGUUCACGGCUAAUCAUGUAGCAGCGCCUUUCAAAACCUGAGUUUGAAAACGUUUGAACUCUAAAUUGUGUCACAAUGAAUCGACCAAAGCCAACCAGCAUCAGGCGGCCUAGUAGUGCCAAACCAUCAGGUCACCCACCUCCAGGGGAUUUCAUUGCACUUGGGGCAAAGAGUCAGAGCAGUGAGCCGAAAGCAAACCCUGCUCUUUUGAAACCUCCAUCUACAGGUUUGCCUCCAGACCGCAAGAGAGAGGUGUCUUCAACCCUGCCCUCUUCCUCUGGCCUGUCCAGCCUGUCUAAACGGCCCAAGCACUCCUCUACUCCACCCAGUGCCCUUUCACGCCUGGCUGAGGUGGCUGCUGUUGACAAGAGAUCAAUAUCCCCCUCCAUUAAAGAGCCAUCUGUGGUUCCCAUUGAAGUCUCACCUGCUGUUCUUCUGGAUGAAAUUGAGGCAUCGGAGUCAGAAGGCAAUGACGACCGCAUUGAGGGUGUGCUCUGCGGGGCCGUCAAACAACUGAAGUUGAACCGUGCCAAGCCUGACAUGACCCUUUACCUCAGCCUCAUGUUUCUAGCCAAAAUCAAACCCAAUGUCUUUGCCACUGAGGGUGUGAUAGAGGCUCUCUGCAGUUUGCUCCGCCGUGACGCCUCCAUUAACUUCAAGGCCAAGGGAAACAACCUGGUGUCCGUUCUGGCCUGCAACCUGUUGAUGGCCGCCUAUGAGGAGGAUGAAAAUUGGCCUGAGAUAUUUGUAAAAGUCUACAUAGAGGACUCUCUCGGAGAACGUAUAUGGGUGGACAGCUCGCACUGUAAAACCUUUGUUGACAACAUCCAGACCGCCUUCUCAACCAAGAUGCCUCCCAAGAGUAUGCUGCUCCAGACUGAAACCGGGCGAUCAGGGGGUGAUCUCAGUGCAGGGAACAGCCCUCAUCCUUCUACUCCAGAUGAAGAUGAAGGUCAAACUGAGCUGUUAAUCGCAGAGGAGAAACUCAGUCCAGAGGAUGAUGGACAGGUCAUGCCCAGGUAUGAAGAGUUGGCGGAAAGUGUGGAGGAAUAUGUGUUGGAUGUUUUGAGGGAUCAGCUGAACCGUCGACAGCCCAUGGACAACGUCUCCAGAAACCUUUUGCGUCUUCUCACCGCCACCUGUGGUUAUAAAGAAGUCAGACUGAUGGCCGUGCAGAGACUUGAGAUGUGGCUGCAGAAUCCUAAGCUGACUCGUCCUGCACAGGAUCUUCUCAUGUCUCUGUGUAUGAACUGUAACACACAUGGCUCUGACGACAUGGAGGUCAUCUCUAACCUCAUCAAGAUUCGUCUCAAACCUAAAGUUCUCCUCAACCAUUACAUGCUGUGUGUGAGGGAGCUUUUGAAUGCGCACAGAGAUAAUCUGGGAACCAUGGUGAAGUUUGUGAUCUUUAACGAGUUGUCAAAUGCCAGAAAUCCCAAUAAUAUGCAAGUGCUUCAUACAGUUCUGCAACACAGCCCAGAGCAGGCACCCAAGUUUCUGGCCAUGGUGUUCCAGGACCUGUUGACCAAUAAGGAUGAUUACCUGCGGGCCUCCCGGGCUUUACUCAGGGAAAUCAUUAAACAAACCAAGCAUGAGAUCAACUUCCAGUCCUUCUGUUUGGGCCUCAUGCAGGAGAGGAAAGAGGCCAGUUAUGUGGACAUGGAGUUUAAAGAACGUUUUGUUAUCCAAGUAACAGAUCUGUUGACGGUGUCAAUGAUGCUGGGGAUCACAGCUCAGGUCAAAGAGGCUGGCAUUGUCUGGGACAAAGGAGAGAAGAAGAAUCUGGAGGUACUGAGAGCCUUUCAGAACCAGAUUGCUGCUAUCCAGAGAGAUGCUGUGUGGUGGCUACACUCUGUGGUUCCCACCAUCAGUAAAGUGGGACCUAAAGACUACGUGCACUGCCUUCACAAGGUGCUUUUCACAGAGCAGCCAGAGACGUAUUACAAAUGGGACAACUGGCCACCUGAGAGUGACCGAAAUUUCUUUCUUCGGCUGUGCUCUGAGGUUCCCCUGCUAGAGGACACACUGAUGCGCAUCUUGGUGAUCGGUCUGUCUCGUGAUCUGCCCUUGGGCCCAGCUGAUGCAAUGGAGCUGGCUGAUCACCUUGUGAAGAGAGCUGCUGGAGUUCAGUCUGAUGACCUGGAAGUGUUGCGGGUGGAGAGGAUCCAACUCAUUGACGCUGUGCUGAACCUUUGCACGUACCAUCACCCUGAAAACAUCCAGCUGCCUGCAGGGUAUCAACCUCCAAAUCUAGCCAUAUCAACACUUUACUGGAAGGCCUGGCUCCUGCUGCUUGUAGUGGCAGCCUUCAACCCACAGAAAAUCGGUAUGGCAGCCUGGGAUGGUUACCCCACUCUGAAAAUGCUCAUGGAGAUGGUUAUGACAAACAACUACUCUUACCCUCCUUGCACGGUCGCCGACGAGGAGACCAAAACGGAAAUGAUCAACCGGGAGCUGCAGAUCUCUCAGAAGGAGAGGCAGGAGAUCCUGGCCUUUGAGAGCCAUCUUGCAGCUGCCUCCACCAAGCAGACCAUAACGGAGAACAACAGCCUCCUGCUGUCUCAGCUCACCAGCCUUGACCCAAAGGGUCCCCCGCGCAAACCACCUCCUCUAAUCCUGGACCAAGUGAAGAGUUUGAACCAGUCCUUGCGUCUUGGCCAUCUGCUCUGCCGAAGCCGUAACCCUGACUUCCUUCUCAAUAUCAUCCAGAGACAAGCCUCCUCUCAGUCUAUGCCAUGGCUGGCUGAUCUUGUGCAGUCCAGCGAAGGGUCCUUGGACGUAUUGCCUGUUCAGUGCCUGUGCGAAUUCCUCCUCCAUGACGCUGCAGAUGACACCUCUUCUGUUGAUGAUGACGAGGAAGGAGAAAGCAAAGAGCAGAGAGUGAAGAAAAGACAAAGGCAGCAAAAGCAGAGGCAGUUGCUUGGCCGACUGCAGGACCUACUGUUGGGUCCUAAAGCUGAUGAACAGACCACAUGUGAGGUUUUGGACUACUUCCUUCGCCGUCUUAGUUCUUCACAGGUGGCUUCUAGAGUGCUAGCCAUGCAAGGUUUGUCUCUGGUGCUGACGGAGGGAGGGCUUAAGGAUGGAGAGGAGAGAGAUCAGCUCAUGGAGGAGGACUCCAGAGAUACAGAAUUAUUACCAGGCUACCAGUGGAUACUUCAGGACCUCCCUAAACUUCCUUUGUUUGACAGUGUGAGAGGCUUGACCUCUAACGCAUUGCAACAGGCCAUUCACGUUGAGACAGAUCCUCAAACCAUCAGUGCAUACCUGAUCUACCUUUCCCAGCAUGCACCAGUGGAGGAGCAGGCACACCACAAUGACCUGGCCUUGGAUGUGGCUCGCCUGAUAGUGGAGCGCUCUACCAUUAUGAACAGCCUGUUCUCCAAGCACUCCUGUAGGCCGGAGUCUGAUGCCGUUCUCUCCGCUCUGACCUCCAUCUUCUCCACCUAUAUCAGUCGCAUGAGGAAGACAAAAGAUGGAGAGGACCUCUACAGCUGGUCAGAGUCUCAAGACCAAGUUUUCCUGCGAUGGACUACAGGAGAAACAGCCACUAUGCACAUUCUGGUGGUCCAUGCUAUGGUCAUUCUGCUCACUUUAGGACCACCCAAAGGGGAAAGUGAGUUCUACACCUUGUUGGAUAUCUGGUUCCCUGAUAAAAAGCCCCUUCCGACUGCAUUCCUGGUUGAUACCUCUGAGGAGGCUCUUCUAUUGCCUGAUUGGCUGAAAUUGAGGAUGAUCCGGUCUGAAGUCUCGCGAUUGGUCGAUGCAGCCCUACAGGAUCUGGAGCUGCAGCAGCUACUGUUGUUUGUCCAGUCCUUCGGAAUCCCCGUCUCUAGCAUGAGUAAACUGCUUCAGUAUCUGGACCAGGCUGUGUCCCACGACCCCCAGACGUUAGAGCAGAACAUCAUGGACAAGAACUACAUGGCUCAUUUGGUGGAGGUCCAGCAUGAGAGAGGAGCCACAGGAGGACACACGUUUCACAGUUUACUCAGUGCUGCACUCCCACAACGUAGAGACAGCUCAGAGGUGAGCAGGGCAAAGGUUACUGUGGAAACACCCCAUGGCUCUGUGAAGAUGAGAGGGGUGAGUCAGGUGCCAGUUGUGGGCCCAGAUGAUGAUCUUGCUGGGGUCCUAUUACAGCUUUUCCCACUGAAGGUGGAUCCCCGCUGGCCUCCACCCCCAGUCCGACCUCUAGCAUUAGCGCUGCAACAGGCUCUGGCCCAGGAAGUGUUGCGUGCACGUCAGGGUCGCAUCCAGCAGGGCUGCGCAGCUGGACGACUUCUUCAGGCUUUAGCAGCCCUUUUAGGCUCCGCCCACGCUGGAGCCCUGGUCAUGGCAAUGCACCACAGCCACACAAUCUCCUGCCCUCUAUUGCGCCAACUCCAUCUCUACCAGAGUUUGGUUUCUCAGGACGUUGGCUUCUCCUCGCUGUUUUUUAAUGCAGUGGUGCAGAUGUUGACCUGGUUGGAGAACUCAGCAGUGGAGACUGGGCCACUCAACAGUCAGCUGAAAUCUCUGGCAGCUCAGUACUCUCACAAACAUCGCAUCACAGAUGUUCGUACAGGAUUUCUGCACCUGGCUGAGGCGCUGGCGUACAGAAGGGACUCUGAGGUGGCGGUGAGGGGCAUCAUUGCCUCACUGAGAGCUGGAGAGAGAUGCAACGCUGAACCUGAACUCACAAGAAAAGUGUUGCAGGGGCUCAUGGAGAUAAAGUCCCCAUAUCUAGAGGAGCUGUUGUCCUUGCUCAUGACCGUUAGUACAGAGAACGGAACCCCAGGAAACACAGCAGGUCCCGUUGCCAUGGUGAUCUCUCUUCUGCUACAGGAAACAGAGGAGCGAGGGGUGAAAAUAGAGGUUGAUUCCAAAAUAUCUGAGUCAAAGAAACCUGGCUCGUGUUCAGGGCUUUUGGUCGACUGGCUGGAGCUGCUUGACCCCGAGGUGACCUCUGUGUGCUCAGAUCUUCAGCAGAAGCUGCUCUUUGCCCAAAACAAGAUGAAAGGCAGUGGUGUAAGUGUGGCCCCUUCAUAUAGGCCAUAUCUGUUGGCCCUGCUCACACACCAGUCCAACUGGAGUACUCUGCACCAGUGCAUCAGCUCUCUGCUCAACAAUCACAAAGAGCAAAGACUUGACCCAACCUCAGCUCUAGACUUCCUCUGGGCUUGCAGUCACAUUCCCCGAAUCUGGCAGGGGCGGGAUCAGAAAACUCCCCAGAAGCGCACAGAGAAGUUUGUGUUUAAGCUGAGUUCUGAGGAGUUAAUGAGUCUGGUUGACCUCAUCCUGUCUGAGUCAGAGCUGAACUGCCGUGACUCACCCAACUCCAAGAACACCCUGGACCAGGUCUCCUGUUCUCUCCUCCAGUCACGCCUGCCCCUGCUUCAUAGCUGUCUCCACUCAGAUCUGGACAACAUCAAGAAAGUCUCUGAGUAUCUCAUCAGCUGUGUUAAGAAGUGGGGAAACAGUAUAAUGAGUAAGAGGUGUCAGACGCUGCUGUUGCAGAUCUACCUGAACUUCCCGGAGGUCAUUCAACACGUCCGCCUACCAGAGACCACACUGAGCGGAGAGGGAGCAGCCGAUGGCAGCACCUGCAAGUUGGAUGUUUUAGUACAUCGUCUCAUCAGUCUGCUAGCUGACACAGGAGACUCCAAAACAGCAGAGAACCGUGUGUCUGAUGCCAAUCUGGCCUGCAGGAAGCUAGCUGUGUCACAUCCGGUGCUUCUACUCAGACACCUGCCCAUGAUCGCUGCUGUCCUGCAUGGCCGCAUCCAUUUGAACCUGCAGGAAUUUAGGCAGCAGAACCAUCUGACUUUCUUCAGUGAUGUUCUGGCCAUCCUGGAGCUGCUGCAGCCACUGGUGUUCCACUCUGACCACCAGAGGGCACUGCAGGACUGUAUGCUUUCCUUCAUCAAAGUUCUAAAGAACUUUAGAAGAUCAUCUCGUAUGCUGAUCAUAAACAAAUUUGUGCAGUUCAUUCAAAAAUACAUUACCCAUGAUGCAGCAUCUGCUGUGCCUUUCCUUCAGAAACACUCGGAUAUUCUUCAGGGACUCUCCACAGAGAAUCCAGACCUGGUUCAGCUCAAGUCUUUGCUUGCUGGACUGACUUUGCCUGUGAAGUCUUGUUCCUCUGAGAGCACUGCUGAGGACAGAGAUGCUGAGGAUUUAUCCUCAGGUUCCCUCCCGUUGGUUAACAUCUCAGCCUCCGUGCCUCUGACUGCAGCUGACAUGACCAAGUGCUUAAAGAAGAUCUCCAAAGGAGAAGCAAUUGAGGAUGUGUUUGAGGGUUUGACUGAAGUGGAUGAGAAAUCCAAAAGGAAUCCGGAAAUCAUUCAGUAUUUUGUUAAUGAUCUUCAGAGACUGAUGAGUUCGCCUGAAGAGGUGUGCCGCAACAUGGCGUUCAGUCUGGCUCUGCGGUGUAUGCAGAACAUCCCGAGAUUGGCUGCUGAAUUCCUACCAACCUUCAUGUACUGUCUGGGCAGUGGAAACUUUGAUGUGGUACAGACAGCACUGAGGAACCUGCCUGAAUAUGUGCUCCUCUGUCAAGAGCAUGCUGAUAUUCUGCUCCAUAAGGCUUUUUUAGUGGGCAUCUACGGUCAGAUCGACACAAGUUCCAUGAUAGCAGAAUCCAUGAAAGUCUUGCGCAUGGAGGGGACGACAUAGACUUCCGUUUUAAAAAUGUUACACAGAGUUUCACUAUAACUCGAGGUGUCAUGCACUGCUGACUUUCAUCCUGUAAUCAUUGAUAUAAACCUGAAGAGCUGGACAUUCACAUAUUUGGGAAAACAUCAAAUUAAGGAGCAUUUUAUUUUUCAAUAAUUUGUGUCUACUGGGAGUAUUGUCUGGCAUAUGUCUUUUUGUCUACUGCUUUAAAUAAUAAAACAAUGAGUCAUAGA